AUCAGGGGGAAUCAAUGAGGCGAGAGUCAAGAGACCCUCCACUAGGCUGCACAGCACUGCAUGCAUCGGUAUGUGGAAAAAGCUGGGAGAUGGAGAUGCAAAGGCAAAGCAAGCUCAGGAAAGAACAAAGGCCGUGCGCUACACCCUGUACAAAAGGGCCGCUUUCUGCUGAACCCAAAGGGAAGACGAAGCACAACAAUACCUGAUAAUCCAUCUCCAGCUCUAGCCCUGAUAAUCCAAGGUGAAAGCAGCAGUGUAACUUGAUCAGAUUGUACACCUACAUAUAUGUCGGAGGAGCCUCGAAAUGCAAUGGAGGGGAGGGCAAGGCGGCGUGCAAGCCCAGCCGGGUUGCGUACCAAGCCUGUCAGGGUGCAGCCGGAGCCGCCGCCAAACAAGAGGCACGAGCUAGGGAAGAGGGCGGCGGUGGUGUACUACCUGUGCCGCAACCACCAUCUGGAGCACCCACACUUCAUGGAGGUGCCCCUUGCCUCCCCACAAGGCCUCUACCUGCGAGAUGUGAUUAGCCGACUGGACGCCCUGAGAGGGAAUGGCAUGGCAGCCAAGUAUUCCUGGUCCUGCAAAAGGCGCUACAAGAAUGGAUUCGUGUGGCACGAUCUUUCUGUGGAUGAUCUUCUGCAGCCCGCACAAGGCAAUGAGUACGUCCUCAAGGGUUCCGAGCUUCAACUCGACCACUCAAAGCCACUACUACCACUGCCAGAUCAUCAGCAGAAUAGUAGUCCGAGCAAUGCAAGGGUUCAUCUCCACAUGCCAACUCGACAACGACAGUCUCCUCGUUCUCCUGGAUCAAAUCAAGGGUGGACUUCAACGUCUCCAUCUCCUACUACUGAUCCUGCUGUUUCAGUCAUCAAAGAGGCAGUGCGACCGCCACCUCCCCAGCCAGCAUUACUGUCAUCACCAACUGCUUCCACCAUUGAGGAUGGCGAGCAGUGCAGAACUCCGCAUCCAGGCUCCUCAGGCAGCUCAUCCCCAAAGACAAGUAUGCCUUCCUCGGGCACAAGCUCACCUAGCCUUAACAGUCCUGCAGCACUGCAUGAUGCAGGCACACAGACUAGAAGCGAUGAUGUGAAGCUGCAACAGGGACAACGCGCAGCAAGAGUUCCCCCGGAAAGGCCAGAAAUUGUUGGCGAGUCCCAUUCCAAGCAUCCACCUGCAGCAGGUUACCAUCGUAGGAGGAGUGGGACCUUGCAGUCGUUGAUAAUGGCUGAAGCAGCCGGCAGGAGGAGGGUUGUACUGGAGGACAAUGAAAAAACUACUAGCAGCUCCAUCAGCGGCAAGCUGAAGCCAGCCAACUUGCUCAUGCGUCUCAUGGCCUGCGGACCGAACCACCCUAGCUUUGACUUAACCUCGUAUAAGCCGCUCACGCCGCUUGAGUCCCCGUCGUCUCCAGAGCUGUUCCCUCUUGGUGCACUGAAGCCUGGAACUACUAGUGCAUCCACUGUCAUAGUUUCAGAAACAGAAAAUUCCAAUUGUAGCCUGUAUGACAGUGGUUCAGGCAAGCUAAAACGCUCCACUUCGGCUCUGAAUCAUCAGGAUGGAAUUUGUGAAGAAGCAUCCUCAAAAGGGGAUUCGGUUAACUUGUCCAGAAGCACGAGCAAAAGGAUGAGUGAUCUGUCAUCUGGAAAGGUACACUCUUCAAGGGUAGUGUCAUUCCAGGACGAGAAGGAGAAAGCGGUCAAGAUCGAAGACAGGUUUGCUUCAGGAGCUCAGGUUGCCAUCCACUAAUUGCUCUCCACUUCUCCAGGCACUUAGUUAUCAUCCACCAAAUUUUCAUUUAAUUUGAGUUUACUAGCUACGAUUCUGCAGUUGUUACAAAAUGCAGGUACUCAAUUUGUCCUCCAAAAAUAGUUAUAGCGAUGGUAAUAGCCUGGCUUGCUAAUAAGUGGAGUGGGAGAAGCCAGCCAGGUGAAUAGUGUGCAAUUGCAAGGUGAGAUUCAGAUUUGAAUCCAGCCAGUUAUAUUUCGCCAGGGAAGAGAGAAGCUGGAACCACAGGACGAUGAUGGACAGAAUUAGUUGUGCUGUUUCAGUUUGUUGUGUGUACCGUCUCAUUCAUUCCUUCACCCUGUUUCUGUACUCUCUUCUGGCCCUGCUAGCUGCAUAUUUCUGUCAACAGAAAAAUUUACGCCUCGUAUCGUUUGCAAGGCAAAUUAAUGGAGACCGAUCCAUGCUGGGACAGAAACAGAUGCAUGUCCGUUGAUCCAUAAAACCUGGCUGAGCUGGGUGUGCAGUGCAUUCAUUGAAUCGAACGGAGAACGAGUAUUGGUCUUAUCA